AGUGGGAGGUCCAAGAAGAAGCAGAGGCCAAGUUGAACGGCGAACAGAGCGAGCAUGGGGCCGAGGGAGGAGUGACAUGGGAGGAGAUAGGGCUCAUAUAGGCUACACAGCAGGAUUAGCGAGCUCAGGCUGCUGUACUACUGCUGCUUUAGUGGCUGCGAUUGUCUGGAAACCUGCGAAUCCCUCCCACAGGAUCUCAUGGAGCGCUGGAAGGGCAGGGUGGCACUUGUGACCGGGGCCUCGGUGGGCAUCGGAGCCGCGGUUGCCCGGGUGCUUGUUCAGCAUGGCAUGAAAGUGGUGGGCUGUGCCAGGAGCGUUGAUAAGAUUGAGAAACUGGCUGCUGAAUGUCAGAGUGCUGGCUACCCAGGCACCUUAUUUCCUUAUAAAUGUGACCUGUCCAAUGAAGAGGAGAUUCUGUCCAUGUUUUCAGCAAUAAAGACUUUGCAUCAGGGGGUCGAUGUAUGUAUCAACAAUGCAGGCUUGGCCCGACCGGAGCCUUUGCUGAGUGGCAAAACAGAGGGAUGGAGAACAAUGAUUGAUGUUAAUGUUCUUGCACUCAGUAUCUGCACAAGAGAGGCCUACCAGUCCAUGAAGGAAAGGAAUAUCGAUGAUGGCCAUAUCAUAAACAUCAACAGCAUGAGUGGCCAUAGAGUUCUUCCUUCUACAGUUAUGCACUUUUAUUCAGCUACUAAGUAUGCUGUAACUGCCCUGACAGAGGGCCUCAGGCAAGAGCUCAGAGAAGAAAAGAGUCACAUCCGAGCAACGAGUAUAUCGCCAGGCCUUGUGGAAACUGGAUUUGCAUUUAAACUCCUUGAUAAUGAUCCGGAGAAGGCUGCUGCAACAUAUGAAAGUAUAAAGUGUCUGAAAGCUGAAGACAUUGCUAGCACUGUGGUUUAUGUGCUCAGUGCUCCUCCUCACGUACAGAUUGGGGAUGUUCAGCUAAGGCCUACUGAGCAAAUAUCCUAGUGAUUUAGCACAUUGAAGCUUGGCGUUUUUUGAAAGAAGACUUACAACUGAACCUUCAAGGGCUAACUUGGAGGAACCUAUUAAGAAUUCUCACUUUUGGAGGCUUUUACCCAGAAAGAAAAAAAAAAUAUGGGGGAAAUAUAUUUUUGUUCUUUAUUGUGUAACUGGUACAAAAAGUACAUUAUCGGCAAGAAACUUUUAGUCUGUUUUUCUUUAAUUUUAAUUUGUGUUUUUCCCCUUUUUCCUAAACAUAGUAUUACUUGAAAAAAUUUCAUUGGAAUUAUAAUUGCAGAGCACAUCAUUGGUUUGUUCAUCUACAAAACUGCUAAAAAAUUUCUGUCCCUUUUUAUAUUUUGGUUGGGGUUUUGGCAAUUGUGACCUGUUUCCACCUUUUCCAAUCUUCUUAGCAAAGUAAAGGGGUUCCUUCUAGGUUUUAUGAAGUCUUUAUAACUGAGUUCCAAACAAGAUUCUGCUUUUUUAUACAAAUGUUGCGUCUGAUAUCUUUUAAUUGAAUUACAUACCUGUUUUAAGAAAUACGUGUAAAGGAAAUACUGUGAGGAGAAAUGUUUAAAUAGGUGCACCUGAUACUUACACACUACGUAUGUUAUCUAAUUUAAAGGAAUGUUUGAUUUUUGUGUAUGAGUUAUAACCCAUUAAAGGGCAAUUUAGAAUGUAUGUGCUACCACACUAGCAAAAUUACCUCUAUUGAACCGUUUUAAAUUACUCGUACAGAAUGAUUUUGUUACCUAUUAUGACUGAUUCCGUUAAUCUACUUAACCUCAUUUUAACACCAUUAUUGGCUCUUUUAGUUAAUAAUUCAUAUGAAGAACUCCUUGUAAGCCAUAAUUGUUAACAUGGGUUAUGCUACUUGCAAAACAAUUGUUUAGUAUUUUCCAUCAAUAGUAAUGGUUGUUUUGAUCAUAUAGCACAGAUAAUGAUAAGGCUUAAAAACAAUACAGAUUUUGGUUCCUUUGGUAUUUUUAAUCAGACACUAACAUCUUGUCUGGCAACAACACAGUUGGGUGUGUACAUUUUUUGACAUAUUUUAUUUACCUGUAAUACUAUAUUAUAUUACUUUCUCUUAUAUUAGACUAGUGUCAUACUAGUGAAAUGCUCCACACAUAUGACCAAUAGCUCAUGAAUUGUCGGGCCACACAAUGGAGACAUUCACUUGUAAGCCAAGGUGCGUGCAACUUCCAAAAAAUCACUUGCUAUUACUAGGAAGUUACAAGAUCGCCCAUGCUGGUCAUGGUUUAAAGAGUCUAUUGUUAGCAUAUAGUUUAUUUGCCUUACUGUUUGCGCACUUGCCGGAGCAUGUGACAGCAUAUAACCUGAGACUAGUUUAAAUUCAGGAGAUUGCCAUUGGCUUUGUUUGCAUUACAAAUUACUAAUUGAGCGUCUUUUGUUGCCCACCUAACUGCCUUUGAUAUUUUCCAAAUAACUUGGAUGCGUAAUGUAAGCAUGUUUUUAAAACAUGAUGUCCAUUUCUGCUGUCCCACACACAAAUGUUGAGAAUGACUGCUGAGGCUAUCAAACUGUGUAUUUCCAAGCCAAGAAAAUGAAAGCUUCAUUCUUCAUUCAGUGCCAUGUACAUAGCGUGAUUCAUGUGCUCCCUUCUACGUAGCUUGUACUUUAGAGCUGUGUUCCAAGUGACUUCUUAAUAAACUCUUGUGAUUGCACCACGGCAAUUACAUGCCUGUAUGCAUCCAUAUUACCUCAUGGGUUUUGUGGGAACAAUUUUUUGUAUAUAUACUUCCUUUCUGUUAUAUGACACUUUAGAAUGCAUAAUUUGUUGACUUUUUCUGUAAUAUUUUCAACCCUAAACCAUGAAACUAGAAAAGACAGAACUGUGGCUUAUAAUACUAAAAUGCUUAAAAUGCCCAUAAUCCUCAGGUUUCUGAUUGAUGUAACAAGCCAUAUAUAUACCCUUCAGUGUGUUGUUCUACAUUGUGUUACAGAUCCUUGAAAGGAAAAUAUACAACUUCCCUCCUUUUGACAUGUCCUCAUUCAGUUGGGAUUCAGGUGUAGAAAAGGUACAUAAACAAUAUCAGAACUUCCAAAAAUAAAUAUAAAAGUAUUUUUUACACAAACAUACAGUCCACAGAUUAAAAGGAAACCAUUACUCUCAUGACUAUUUUCCAACAUCACUUAGGCUGACAGUAUAAUGCAACCCCUUCCUCACCUUGUCUCAUUGUGAAGUGAUGGAUUCUAGGAGCUGAGGUCCUAUAGUGGGUAGUAUGCAGAUUCUCUGGAAUACAGGGGGACCUUAAGUCCCAGGAUCCAUCACUGCACUUUCACAAAUAAGGUGAAAGAAGGGUUGGAUCACUCUGUAAGGUUAAAGAGAGGAGGGGGGUAUGCCUGUGUUAAAAACACAAAGUUCAGUUCAGAAAGUGUUUAUGCAUCUUUUCUACAGGUGGCCUUUUAUCUAUGCUACCUGAUCAUUUGCAGAUAAUUAUUGGCCACAUCAGUAAGAAUCAAUUAAUUGAUGAGACAAACAUUCCCUAAUCUUGCAACAAAAUUGCUGGUUUAUAUUUCCAUAUAAUCCCAUAUAGGCAUUAAAAUCAUACAGUUACAUUUCACUGUGUGUGUAUGUAUGUGUUUGUAAAUGUUAUUUUUUUUUUCAUCACUUAUAAAGUCACUUACGUCACUUAUUUUGCAUUAUUUUAUUGGCCAAAAAAAAAAAAAUCUCACUGGAACAUCUGCCACUGCUUUGAAAUACCCAACAUACCCUUUAUUCUUGCACCUCUUUGUGAGGAUUGGAUACACCCCUCCCCCCAAAAUCCACAGUACACUUCCUUAGUUUAAAGUAGAGGGAAAUGGGUAUGUUCCGCCCCCUACAUCAAAUCCUGAUAUUUCUCUACUACAUACAGAUUUAAUGGUGAUGGUAGGCAGGGAGUAAUCUAAAACAGUUGUCUCUGCUCGUUAUACUCGUAAUUCGCACUAAAAUUUUUAAACCUAUGACAUUUUCAUAGAUGAUAACUGGAUAACUGGUCAAAUACUUGAUGGCUAAUUGAUUCAGUUUACUGUGAACUCCACUUGAUUACAGCUUGGAAAUUUUUUCUUCAUGCUUUGGGUAAGAUUAUAACUUGAAUUUCAGCAUGUGCUUGUUGUCAGGGUUGGACUGGGUGAUGGGACACAAAAAAAAACAAAAAACUGUGGGGCCCCAUCGACCCAGACCCGAUCCAAAGCAUUGACAUUCCUCCCCCGAUCGCAGUGAAGUAAAAGACAUACACACUUGGUUGGGGGUCGGGUGGUCAGUUGUCAGGGGGGGUGGCCUGGGGUUUUAGCCCCAGUGGGCCCCAUACACCCUAGUCCAACGCUGCUUGAUGUAGCCAUUUCUGAUUUUGUGAUUUCUGAGCCAUUUUGAAUUUUUUGUGAUUUCUGAGCCAUUUCUGAUUUCUGGGCCACUUGUUAUCUUUAUGACUGACAACUAAGUAUGUAUUAAUUAUAUACAAGUAGUGGCUGUUUAUGGUAGAACAUUAAACAUGCUGCCUUGCAACCUGCAACCAUGUUAUAAAAUUCAAUCACCACUGAAUUCCAGCUUUCUUCCCACAAAUGAUUGCUGGAAGUUAUAGUUCUGUAACAGCUGCAGUAACCUUGCAGUAGAUUAAAGCAGGAUCUCACUGUUGGAAGUUAUUUUAAUAAUGAAGUCGCCAACUAAACUGUGUUAAACAUCUGUAACUUACUGUGCACUACAUGCUGAACAAGUCUGUAAGGUUUGUUUUACUGCAAAUGUGUUAUUGCUAUUUUGUUAGGUAAUUAUCAUUUGAUUUUUCAGAUCACUAGACUGCACUUUUAUUUUCCUAUUAAUUUGCACUUCUAAAUUACUUGGGUAGAAUGAUGAUGAUGACUGGGUGAUAUUAAACAGUAAUUUUGGAAAAAGGGGUGAAUUAAUAACAUUAUGUCUAAUGGUAUUAUUUAUCAAUAAAACUGGUUGUGUGGAACAUU